AUGUCAGUGCCGCUCAUAUUGAUGAUUGAACGGCUUGAGCAUGAUCAAAUAUGCCAUGACAACACUGGGCCACAUAAGGUUGAGUCAAGCAAACCGAAAUCGUGGUCAGGCAUUCUUUCCUCUUUCAAACCGAAGCCAAUCACGAAAGACCCUCCCAACUUCAUUUCAGUCCCGUUGACUUACAAUGAGGAUGACUACCUAAAUUGGCUUAUUGUGCAGGAUUUUGUCCAGCCCACCAGCACGAUGUCUGUUCAAGAAGCUGUUAGUCGCAUGAUAGAAACAUUUGCGAAUUAUGGACACAAUAUCCGCUCGGUUGGUACUUUCAUAAUCACGAUGGCCGAACAAAUUCCCUACUGGCACCCAUCGCAACUUAAGCUAGCGAGGCUGUUAUGGACACUGGGAAGAAGUGAAGAACGCCUCAGAAAGAUUAAACCAGUUCACUGUCCGGAACAGACAAUCGACCAAUUCUAUCAAGAUCUCAAGGAAGAUAUGACAGAAAAUGAAGCGGACCCUGGAUCUGAAUCAGAGGCAGAUCAAGUGAUUUACGUGAACUAUCAAGCAUUUCUAGCGAACGUUCAUGCGCUGGAGGUCUGGGAGGCCAGUCCUGAGCCAGCGAUUUGGGCUAUGAAAAGAGCAUUCAAACCAAAGCUUGAACCGUGGGAACUGGACAUGGCUGACUAUUAUGUUAUGGGCGCCGCACAGUGGGUUGUGUGGAAUGGACAAGGACUAUUCAAAAUGAUCUUGCAACAUGACGCUGAUGCCAGCACCUGGACAGCAACAUCCUUCGAUGAAAAGUCUCCCCCAGAAAUUCAGCAACUCACUCUUGAGCUGUGGGAAUCAUGGAAAAAUGAAUUUGACAAGGCUGGUGACGAUGAAAAGGUUGGAGCGGAAGCUAGAAAUCUUGCAAUGAGAGCCGCGGCGACCAUGCAAGGUCUCCAAAGGACGAUGCAAUUCUAG